AUGCCGAUGAACUUUAAGGUGACGUUCGCCAAUGGCACGUCCAUGAAGCUCAUGGGUCUGCCGGACGACAUCACGCUGGACGGACUGCGCGCUCAACUGUUCGAGAAGACGUCCAUCCCGCCGCAAGAUCAGCAUGGCAAGGACACCAACACUCCGAUGAUGACGGGUUAUCCCCCGAAGAUGAUCGAGGGAUCUGGAGACAGCACGUUGUCGUCGUUGGGGGUCCGCACGGGCUCGGUGCUAGUGCUCAAGGAGGCGCCGGACACUGGCGGCGCUCAAGCCAAGUCGACGACUGUGUUCAUGCGACGUGUGAUGCCGGCGGACAACAGUUGUCUGUUCCAUUCCAUCGGAUACGCUCUUGGUAAGGGGAGGGAAGGCAACGGCCCCGCGAUGCGCCAGCUGAUCAGGGAUACGAUCCUUGCUGACCCGGAGAAGUACUCGGAGGUGUUUCUGGGGCGCCCGGUGUACGAGUACUGCGCGUGGAUCAUGGACGACAAGUCCUGGGGCGGCGAGAUUGAGCUCUCUAUUCUGUCCACCUACUUUAAGGUGGAGAUGGUCGUCUUCGAUGUAACGAGUAUGAGCCGAUUGUGCUACGGCGAGGACCAGGGCUUCACGCAGCGCAUGUUCCUGCUCUACGACGGCAUUCACUACGACCUGGUCAUCGAGGCGCCAUCCGCCACCGCCUCGGAGAGCCAGGAUGUGACCCUCUUCGUGAUCAAUGAUUUCUCCAAGGUCGAACGCGCUAGCGAGGUCGCGGUGGAAGCUCAUCAGAAACACGAAUUCACCGACGUCAGCCGCUUCAGUAUUAUGUGCUUGGUGUGCAGGAGUACCUUUGUUGGACAGGUGCGAUAA